GCUGGUGACUCAGGAGGCCCAGCUGUUGCAGCUGCAAGCGUCAGGAUUGGGGGCCCGGGGAAGGCAGAGCACCUUCGAUACCGACAUGCCGGGCCCAAGCCAACCACCGGCCCCAAGGGCCGGCCUGGUGGACACCAGGCAACUCGGUAAGCCUGAGGUUUUUAAAGGGUCCACAGAGGAAAGCUUCAGCGACUGGUCGUUCAUCUUUGAGUCUUACCUCAGCUGCAUCGACUCAAGGUACAUUGACCUGCUGGAGCAAGCAAAGUUUUCCAAGAAGAGCUUCCCAAACAGGGCUCUUUCGGAUGUGGACCGGGACCUCUCUUGCCAACUCUACUAUAUCUUAGUGAUGCUCUUGCGUGGAAGGCCGCUUGACAUUACUUAUAACACGGGCCUCGGAGAAGGUCUUGAGUCCUACCGGCGCAUCUUCGAGGAGUUCCACCCGAGGGUUGCGUCACGCUAUGUGGGCACCCUCACAACGUUGCUUUCAAGCAAGUUUGGUGAUGAUGUUGAGGGGGACUUAGCGGCUUUCGAAAAGAGCGUUCGGAGGUAUGAACAGGAGAGCGGCAAAACACUGGAUGAGGAGAUGCUUUUGGGCAUUGUGGUGAAUGGGCUAAAGGACAGCAGCCUGCAAAGCCACAUCAUCCGGAACUCAAGCCGGCUCAAAUCCUUUACGGAUGUGAAGGCGGAACUUUUGGAGAUUUCGAGGACCAAUCGCGUCCUGCAGAGCCGGACCUUUGCUUUGGUGGAUGGUCUCCUUCCCAUUCUGGUGAUCGUGGACGAAAAGUCCGGUUGUGUUUUCUCUGGUGUGGUGGCUAAGGGCGUUAACCCGUAUGCCACUGGAUUGGUGACUGAAGCGCUCAAGUUCUGCGGGCGCCAGAAGGUCAUCAUGAUGAGCGAUGCUGAGCAUAGCAUCCGAGCACUUGCUGAAAGUGCCGCCAAGUCUUGGACGGGCAGCGUGCAGCACCAGACUGCACCGAAGGGUUCACAUGCAUCUAACGGCGCGGCCGAGCGAGCCAUUUUGGAGCUGGCGCGUCAGGUGCGAACUCUUGCGAGCGCGCUGGAGGAGCGCUACAAGAAGCCCCUGGAGACUGAGGGGGUUGUCUUUCCGUGGUUGGUGCGGCACGCAGGGUGGCUCAUCUCCCGUUUCUUGGUGAAGCAGGACGGGAGAACGCCUUACGAAAGGCUUCGAGGCCGGGACUUCCGUGGCGAAGUUGCUGAGUGCUGCGAGGUCGUGCACUACAAGCUUGACAAAGAGAAGACUGGCAAGCUGGACAAGCAAACGUCAGUUGGAGUUUGGCUAGGCAAGUCUCUUGCCUCCGACGAGCACUUCCUGGGCACUCCUCAGGGGCACGGCAAGACACCCGGAUGUCCUGGCUGUGAGUGUGACGAUGACAACCCAAAGCGGAACGCCUGGUACACCAGUGCGGGACCCAUGGAGACUGAAGGAGGUCAGGCCGAGAUGCCCCAGGGCACCGGCCAAGACUUGGAGUCGGGAAGCACCGAGCCGAGUCAGCCUUCAAGGCCAAGGGCCAUGGAGGGGACUUCUGAGGCUAAGUCAGGCCAGAAGCGAGAGGUUGAGGAUGCGGGUGUCCCCGCUCCUUCAAGUGACAGCGGGCAGCGCCGCGUUACUGGAAAGAGCUCGCAGGGAGCGAAGAAGCAGAAGACGCCAGAAGCAAGAGGUGAAAAGCGUCCUCUUGAGGACCAGGAGUUGAUGGGGGGACUGCCCACGCUCCACGAGAAAGGCGAGUGGGAGCCUUUGUUUGCUUACCCUCUGGACGGCAGAGUGGAGGAGCUUGGUGCCUACGACGAGCGAACAGGCCAGCCCCUUCCCGUUGACAAGGUCAAGACUGCAAGAGGGCGCGAGCUGGACAAGAUGGAGGAACACUCUGAGGAGGCGCGACGGCAAGGGCUAAAGAUAGUCCGAAGCCGGUGGGUGGAUGGUUGGAAGCCAUUGCCCAACGAUCCGAAUGGGGUGCGCAGUCGCUGUGUAGCCCAAGAGAUCAACGACCACGAGCGCGACGACGUUUUCAGUGGAACACCGCCGUUGCGGACGCACCGCAUGGUACUUUCAGCUGCAGCCACUGCGAAGCCUGGCAGGACCAACCGGCGCAAACGUAUUUCCCGGUAUGAUGUUUCUGUUGCCUUCUUUCAUGCGGUGGCCACGGGCAAAAUUGCGGUCGUCCCUCCGAAAGAUCUCGAUCAAUCGAAGCUCUGGUACUUGCUCAAAGCCAUGAAUGGCACACGUGAGGUUUCGCGACAGUGGUCAAAGCGCGUGUGUGAGGUCAUGACGGAGGCAGGUUUCUGGGAGGUUCCAGGAAUCCCUGACCUCUUCUACCACGACGAGUGGUGCGUGACUUUGAGCUGCCACGGCGACGACUUUAUCGCUGAGGGCGAAAGCGACGAUCUGGAUCGACUGGAUGCGCUGAUGAUGCAAUCCUUUGAGAGCAAGAUAUUGCCACGGAUUGGCCCUGAGGAGUUCGGAGGCCAAACCACGCAUGGCGAUCAUCUGCACCGCAUCAUUCGAUGGAGCGAGCGCGGGUUCACUUGGGAAGCUGAUCCUAAGUACUCGCGGCAGAUCGUUGAGGAUCUCGGGCUUGCGGACGCUAAGGGCGCAGACGCCCCAUGUUCUACGGAAUGUGGGAAAGGCCGCAGGGAUCUCGAAGAUCCUUUGGACACUGAGGCUGCAGCGAAGUUCCGGAGACUCGCUGGUACUGCGCUUUACCUGUCCCAGGAUCGCCCGACGAUCCAGUAUGCCUUGUCGGAAAUCACCUCUGGCAUGGCAAAGCCUACGGUUACUACGGUUGAGCACGAGCUCAAGCUCAAGCACCUAGGCCGUUACCUCUUGAAGUACCCGAAGGAAGUUUGGCACUACGAGUACCAGGAGCAGCCUGAGGAAGCUGUGGUGCUUGCGGACUCGGACUGGGGAGCGUGCAAGCGCACGCGCAAGUCUAUGUCCAGCUACGCCGAGAGAUUUGGGAAGCAUCUCAUCGAUGCUUCGUGUGCCAAGCAAUCGGUCAUAGCGCUUAGCUCUGGAGAAGCUGAGUUCUACGCGUUGGUGCGAGGAGCUGCCGCCGGACUGCUGACAGCGCAGAUCUGGGAACGAAUUGGGAGCUUACCCUAA